CUGACAGCCGCAUGCAAGCAAAGAAUUAGCAUACGGAGCAACUCCGUGCACCACGUACGGUUAAGUUUACCGUUUAGUCGAUCGCACCACUGCAACGAUACGGUCGAUACGUACGGCGAUAUAGCCGGUGACAGCUGCACACGGAGCCUUUCCAAUAUACCAUGGCAUCAGCCAUGUCUGCAGACCUGACUGCGGCACUUUCUGCAUUCACUGUUGACCUCUACAAGCAGGUACUUGCAAAGAGCGGCGGAAUGAAAAACAUAGUCGUCUCCCCUUUCAGCAUUGCAGCCGCAUUGUCAAUGACGCUUGCAGGAGCCAGACAACGCACGGCCGACGAAAUCGCAAAUGUCCUGCAUACAAGAGACAACUUGAUCCACUCACAGUUCUCCGAAUUCUUUGCCAGCGUUUCAACCUAUUCACCAGAUGUGGUGCUCGAGGUGGCCAAUUGUUUGUAUGCAGAAAGAACUUACAACAUUCUCGAAGAGUAUCUUAUCACAUUGAAAAAGUUUUACAAUAGCGCUGUGGUGCUGGUGGAUUUCAGAAACGAGGCUGAAGCGGCAAGACUUGCCAUCAAUUCUUGGGUAAAAGAAGCAACAAAAUCAAAGAUUGUUGACCUUUUUCCCUCUGGUGUUCUGGAUUCUGAAUGUGUACUUGUCUUGGUGAAUGCCAUUUACUUCAAAGGUCUGUGGGACAAGCAAUUUAACGCUGAAGCAACAGCUCUUAAGAAUUUUCACCUCUCAAAAGAAGCAGCAAAAGAAGUUCACAUGAUGUACAAGCAGGCAGAGUUCAAGGUAAACGUGGAAUGUGGUGACUUGAAUGCUGCUGCCAUUGAAAUACCAUACAAAGGCAGCAAGACAUCCAUGGUGAUACUUCUUCCUCAUGAAGAGGAUGGCCUUCCGCAGCUUGAGGCUGCACUAACUCUGCCGAAGCUGUUGGACGUUGUAAGGGGACUUGAAACAGCUGUUGUCGAACUCAGUCUUCCUCGUUUUAAGAUUGAACAGAGUGUAGAUAUAAAACACGUGCUUCAGUCAAUGGGUGUACAGGACUUGUUCUCGCACAGAUCUGACCUCUCCGGGAUAAACGGGAAAAAAGACCUUUUUGUUUCGGCUGCCUUCCAUAAGGCUUUUGUGGAAGUUAAUGAAGAAGGUACAGAGGCGGCAGCUGCUACGGGAAUAGUGAAAAAGAGAAAGAAGAAAUGUAUCAUUAGCACAAUCCCUUUUGUUGUUGACCACCCUUUCAUGGUUUUCAUAAAAAGUCGUGACCCAGACAUGAUUCUUUUUGCUGGCUCAGUGCGAGAUAUGCCUGGUGCAGACUGAGGUGUGAAGCAGUUAUCUCCAGCUUUAGUAUUACCUUUAUAGAAAUUCACAUUAUGCCGAAUUAUUUCUGCAUAGGAAAAAAGACAAAAAAGUGCUUUUAUCAUCUCAUACCUAGUACAAAGGCAUUAAUUUGAUGCUCACACGUUCUUUAAAUGUGAGCUGUAGUGAAUACCAUGACUUGCGGAUAGGUGUUGCGGAAACCUAAUGUUGCUUUGUGCAUUAGACUUUCUAGUACUGAUAACUCUUCAUUGCUUAGCAAACUCCUAACGGUGACCUUCCUUGAAGGUUUUGGCCUUCCAGGAGAUGCUAUUUUCUAUAUUUAAUAUAGUUGAAUGGGAUGAGCUGGUGACAUAGGCCAGCACCUAUGGCGGAUAGUCACUCGUACUUGAUUAUCAAAUUUAUAUCGUCAAAUAUCUGCACCAUUUGUUAUUGAUGUGAAUAUAAUUUACUACACCUUCAAGAAAGUCUUUGUUCCUGUUGCCACUAUUUAGUAUGAAGUCAGUGGGUGUGCUCGGGGCUGGGCGUGAAUCAGAGCUGUAUGGUUAAAUAGGCUCACACUAUUUUUGAAGGCACAAGUUGAUGCCAUUACUAAAACGUAUAAUAACUACAACCGCUGCAACUGGAGAAACUACGUCAAAGUAUGAAACACCGCAGAACACAUGAAGCAGGCUGCUGUGCUCGCUUUCCUACACUAAUAAAAAAACAUCUAUCCUUCGCACCAAGCCAACUUGUUCUUCGAAAAGUUAAUAUGAUUGUGCUGUGAAAGAUGCUUCACAUGAACAAAUUCCCGGAGGGGCAGUCAUGUGUAGUGCGUCUUAAGAUAACUUGACUUCCUAAAGCGUUUGAGCACUUUGAUAACGGAGAACAAUUUGGGCAAUCCUGUGUCUAUGAAGUAGCAAUCAAACACUAUUUGCUACAGGUGUGAAAUCUUGUCAAAUGUAUUGCUGGGAAUCUAGUGCUUUCUUGCACCGUCAUUCUGGCUUGAACUAAUCCGAUUUAAUCAGUGUAGCUUACAAAUUGGUGAGGUAACAUAAGUGGUUUAUCUUAAUGUAGAAUAUGUGAUGUUACUAAUGGUGCGGUGGUUAUCCUGAAUCUUAUUUGUUAUAUCUUGUCAAGAAGAUAUGGAAGGUGUUUGCUAGGUUCAGAUGAGGUCUCUAUAACAGUAGUGAGAAUAUCUCUUCCUCUCUGAAUGUUCUUUUAUGAACAACCAAAGCUGCAGAAGGAUAGAAAGUUGGGCGAGUUGGUAUGGCAACAUAAUCUUGGAUUGUAGCGCUAAGUGACACAGACAGAGACUAGAAGCAGACAGGACGAGCUGCAGCCUGCAUGUAGCUUAUAAAAUACUGAUUGAAACAUUUUUUAUACAAUGCUGUAUCACCAUGGCUCCAUCCCAUUCAUCAUGUGUUAUUACGGUGAUGCCAAGUGCCACUGUAUAUUAGAACAAUGCAAGGUGCCUAGUAUAACCCAACUUGAAGAGAACUGCCAAGGCUAAUACUAAGUGGAUAAGUUACAGUACUACUCCAGUACUAUAUCCCAAUGUUUCUUAUGUGCUAAGAGAUUAUGCCUAGUCAUUGAAAAUUGAAGAGCUCAUCCACAGCAGAUAAAAAAAAAACAGAUCAAGAUCUGGGUUAUUGUUUUGGGCCGAAUAUUGUGCAUUUGUGGUCCUUCCAGGUGGCUAUCAUCAUAGCACCAUGUUUGACGGCAAGCUUGCCUGACUCAUUAGAAAAAUAAUUAUGAAUAUAUCCUCAAGGUUUCAGACAAUGAGCACUCAGUGUUGCAGUACAUACAGGUAUUUUCUAACUUCUUGGCCCGAAGGAUGUUGACCAUUUUGUUACAUUUGAACUUUGGUAAAAUUCAGUAGCAUAAGCAACAUAUACAACAGUGUUGCCAGCUUAUGAUUAAAAAAUCCCAGUAGCUUGACAGACUACAUAAGACUAAUUUAAGCUCCUUGUCGAGAGUGUCAGAACAUAUAUCCGUUAUGUGUAGCUCUUGCAAGUAAAGUGAAUACUUGGAAAAGAUGCGAUACACAUAGCCAUGUCGGCAACAAAUUUUACUGAAAUGAGCACCCACUUUUUCUAUUUUUUUGCAGCAGGACGGGGAAUGUCUGAUAGCACAAGAUAUGGUACAUGAGAUAAAAGCAAUGUUUGUCUCAGUGUGCCUUUACCUUGCACAGUGAAUUAUGUUCAGAUAUUGUUGGUUCUUUAAAAUACUAUUGUUCUGUACUUGCAUUUUUGAUGAUGCUGCCAUUUUUUUCUUGCCUUCCUUUUGCUAAAAGGGCAUUAAAAAUCCACCGAAUAUUUUGCGACUCUCCUAAAUAUGUGCUAAGGAGAAAAUAACAUCAGCUAUAAUAAGCAGACCUUCUUAUGUAGUACACGUAGCAAAUAUCGCAUUGACGUCAGAAACACUGGAAGAGAAAUGGGAACUGCUGCUUUUGUGGGCCUAGUUGCAAGGAAACCUAACAUGUGCUUUCUAAUGUGUGUACAUCUUUGCAUGCUGAUCGACUCGACUUCCUGCAGUGUAUUUCAGCAGUGCGCCAGCUUGCUGAAUUUGUGCGGAGAGUGAAUUUCUACUGGACUACAGAGAUCUCUGUAACAUGUAAUCUCAUGCUCGAACACAUUGUAAAUGUGAAUAAAAUAAGCAAAAUGUUU